GGCGUUUUUCCUGUUGAAAAGAAGACGAUAGGAGACGAGAGAAGACGAGAGGCGGAAUCGGAAUCAGAGAAGAAAUUGAGAUCGAAGAUGGCGAAGAAGGCGGUUCUGAUUGGAUGCAAUUAUCCAGGAACGAAGGCGGAGCUGAAGGGAUGCAUCAACGACGUCCGACGUAUGUACGGAUGCCUCAUCGAACGCUAUGGAUUCGCCGAAGAAGACAUCACCGUCUUGAUCGACACCGAUCACUCCUACACUCAGCCCACCGGCAAGAACAUCCGACGUACCCUCGACAAUCUCAUCGGCUCUGCCAAACCUGGAGAUUACCUCUUUGUCCACUACAGCGGCCAUGGAACCCGUCUCCCUGCCGAAACAGGGGAGGAGGAUGACACCGGCUAUGACGAAUGCAUUGUCCCUUGCGAUAUGAAUCUCAUUACAGACGUCGAUUUCAGGGAAUUAGUGGACAAAGUCCCAGAACGAUGUCGGAUAACGAUUGUGUCAGAUUCGUGCCACAGUGGUGGCCUAAUAGAUAAGGAAAAGGAACAGAUCGGGGAGAGCAGCAAAACUGCCUCCCAUGAAUCAGAUUCUGGUGGCUUUGGGUUCAGACAGUUCUUAAAACAAUCGGUUGAAGACGCAUUAGAGUCUCGUGGAAUUCAUCUCCCUUCAGGGGAUCACCAUCGCCACCGUCAGCAUCAUCGCGAUGUUGAUCGAAGUGUAGCCGAGCCCCAAUACACAGAGAGUGGCCACCGCAUUAAGAGCCGGUCUCUGCCAUUGUCUACUCUGAUAGAGAUACUGAAGCAGAAGACUGGCAAGGAAGACAUCGAUGUGGGGAAACUGCGACCGACCCUGUUCGACAUCUUUGGCGAAGAUGCAAGUCCGAAAGUGAAGAAGUUCAUGAAGGUCAUCAUGAACAAGCUGACACAUGGUGAAGGAGGAGAAGAUGGAAAUGGCAGCGGCAGCGGCAGCGGUGGGUUCCUAGGUAUGGUUGGGAGUCUGGCACAGGAGUUUCUGAAGCAGAAGUUGGAGGAAAACGAUGAGGAUUACGUGAAACCUGCAAUGGAAACAGAGGUGUCUAGCGAACAGGAAGCUUACGCAGGAGCCAAAAAGCAGACACUUCCUGAUAAUGGAAUUCUGCUAAGUGGGUGCCAGAGUGACCAAACAUCUGCGGACGCAACCCCUCCAGGCAAUCCUAAUAAAGCAUAUGGUGCUUUCAGCAAUGCAAUCCAGACUAUAAUUGCUGAAUCCGAUGGAGCAAUUACCAACCAGGAGCUAGUGUUGAAGGCUAGAAGAAUGCUCAAGAGCCAGGGAUUCAGUCAACGACCCGGACUUUACUGCAGCGAUUAUCAUGUGGAUGCUCCUUUUGUUGCUUGAUUAAUACUUCAUUGGAUUUAAAACAAAGAGUCUCUGGGUGUACCUGUGCUGGAUUUUUGGGACUGCUUGUCUUUGUCAGGUCAUGUGCUUGAAUAAGAAGAAAGAUUGAAUGGACAAGAAUUAUUGCCGGGAAAA